AUGCCCGAGGCUCCUAACCGCGAAAGGCUGCGCUCUAGACAGGCCUGCCUUAACUGCCGGUAUGUCUCAUCAAUACCUGAGAUACAUAACAUUGAGGUCAUUGCCUCACAUCAUACAGAAGGAAAAAGAGUCGAUGUCCCGGUGAAAAGCCAGCUUGUUCAAGCUGCGUCAGGCUUAAACAACCGUGUAAUUAUGCCGCUGGGGACUCACGUCCGUCUGUACGACAGUGAUGUUGACCGACUCGCAUUUCUUGAAGAGAAAGUCGAUCUGAUCCUCAAUGGUGGCAAAGGCAGAAUUCCUGAUCAACCAAAUUCAGAUGCGCCAAAAACAUCCACAAACUCAUUCGAGGCCUCUCCGAAACCCAACCCAAACAAUGGGACUCAUCAAGAGCCACGGAUCUCUGACCGAAUACCCAACAAUCGAUGCGCCAUGGGAAAGGGUCAAACCCAAACCACAAUAAAGCACCGCCGCCAAAUGGGAUUUCCAGGCCCCGAAAUCCAGAUCACUCCAUCUACUAUCUCUGCUGGAAUUGAAAUCUAUUUCGACCUCUUUCACCGACAGCCAAUCUGGUGUUUUAACCACGAGGAGUUUGAGCAAAAUGAGGAGAUCUCCACCGAACUUGCUUACAGUAUCCUGGAACUGACAGCCCGGUUCAUGCAAGACAGCGAGAAACAGCAGUAUGGAGAACAUGCCAAGUGGUCGAUUAUGCUCCGGGUAGCCAAUGGCAGUGUUGAGCUUGAGACUAUCGAGAGUCUUUGUCUCCUUUCCUAUUCGGCUUUUAUCGACGGAAAUUUGCAUCUUGGUCAAUUCUAUCUCGGUCUUGGCUUUCAGCUAUGUCGAUCUGCUCGCAUAGACCGCGGAUUCGCAUCUCGGGAUACCUCAGCCGACUCGGAGCGCAAGAAAAGACUAAUCUGGAGCUUCCAGUCCUUGGAUCAGUUUUUUAGUGAGCAAGAGGGCAUCCUUGGUACGGCUCCUGAGGUUUGGCGCCAGUACUACAUCUCGGACGGUAGUAAUGCAGGCUUUCCUCGAGAUCACGAGGCACCCGCCAAUCCAUCUGACAUAGGCAUUUGGAGUUUCGCAGUGCACUUCGGAUGGGUGUGGAGCAGAGUCAGACAGUACGUUUUUGAUUGUGCUCAAAACAAGCUCACAGAGCCGUGGCGACUCGACUCAAUCUACGCCCAAUGUGGACAGGAUAUGACAGAGAUUGAGAAUAAAGUUCCGUGGUGCCAUCGAUACGAUGUGGUCAAGUUCUUUGAGCGCAAGGCCGACGAGAUUCAACUUAACAGAGAUUACUGGAUACCAUGGAUCAAGCUACAGUUUACAUGGCAUGCCAUUCUAACUACGUUGAACCAUCCAUUCUUGUACAUCGUGGCAUCACAACACCAUCCAAAUCUUGCGAUGCCGAAUAAUUUCUGGAGGAAAUCAUCUGAAUUAGUCCUGCUACAUGGCACAUGGAUUGUUCGCAUGAUUGACAUGGUAACCGAGAAGGAAGUUCAAUUAAUUGAUCCAUUUUAUGGACACGCAGCUGCGAUCGCAGCUACAGUUCACCUUUACUUCUGCUGUGCGACUGAUCUACGGCUCAAACAAAAGUCGAAGAUGGAUUUUGAGAAAUGCAAAAGAUUCCUGAAGAACUUUGCCUCGUUCUCCCCUGCCUGCGCAAACCUGGUUCGAAUGCUGGAGAAAUUGGCACGAAUAGCAUCGGGAUCAGAAAGUAUGGACUUCGAAUGGGCACCAUGUAGACUGCGUCUCAGCAUUCCCUUAAUGUGGGAUAUCUUGCAAUUCAAUGUCUCCACAUCGAAUUUAUCUUCCGGACAAGUCUCUUUGUUACAUUCGUCUCUUGCAACCACCGAUCCCACGAAAGUGGACGAAUAUUCAACUCUUGAAAUAAGUGUUGCGUUGUCCCCACCAGAGGUCACGAUAGACCCUUCUGCAGGCCAAAAUACAUACCUCCCCCCUUUUCAGACCACCAUCUCAUCGAACCCAGCUUCCCCCAAGGGUACAAUGACUAGGGAUAUUGUGGUGCCUUCAACGGAUAGUCUGAUGUUCAAUGUUCCCUGGCUAUGGACAGGAGACACCCAGUUCUCCGACAUGGAAUCCACAAGCAAUUUCGAUCCCGAGACAGCCAUUGGCAAUAUCGAAGGAUUUUCUACAUGGUGGGAUUUUGGAAACCUGUAG